GCGCUAGCGUGACGCUAUUCCCGCCACACUCGUCCGGCAACUUUCUGCAAACUGCAUUCGAAUUUCAAAUCGAAACCGCGUGGUCAAAACUUUUUUUAAAGUUAUUAAAUAGUCGUGUUUAUCUAUGGAUUACUGUGAAAUGAAUUGUUUAUGGCUGUAUGUGUUGUUUUAGUGAUAAUUGGAUUUUUACAAUAAGUUGAAUUAAGAUAAGUUAUGGAGAUAAAAUCGCCGAGGGCAAAAAAAAAGUCAAAUGUUUCAAGACUACUGUCGUGGGGCAAGAUGUACCGGGUGCCAUUACUGAUGUUACUGUUGCUGGGCACCACCAACUGCGACGUAGGCGAGCCAACUGACGAACUGGCCGACGGCGUUCCAAAUUCAAAUAAUUCGAACGCCAAAACCAUAGACAAUCCCGAACAUUUAAAAUUCAGGCACCAUCACACACAUGUAGUUCCAAAUUCAAAUCGCAGUUUGGAUAAUAGUGAGAGACAGGUGUUGAGUGAUAUUAAAUAUUUAAGACGUCAUUUGAAUAAGGAAAUAGUGAAUUUUGUGAUGACUGACUAUCUUAUGGACGGUGAGGUGGAGGUCAGAGUGCAUUUUAAUGGUGUAACUGCGAAGGAGACCUCAGUUGGGGCUAAUGGACGUGGUUUAAAACUUCGUCAGUUGACCGAUGGCCGCCAUCUUGUCCAAGUGAUAUACGCGCCAAAUGGCGAUAUUCAGGACUGCGAACACAUCACACAGGGCAGAACAACGCGGAAUUUCCUGAAAACACUAAGAAAUGAAUUAAAAUUAGCAUUAGACGAAGAAAAUUAUAGAAUUUUACAAAAAGAUUCCAUGAGUUUUGAUAAUGAAAAAUUUUACCGCCAUUUUCAUAACAUGACAGUCCGAAUUUUAAAAAAUGGUGAGGAAAUGCCGUCGAAUAUCGCCAGUUGGCUGGAUUACGACAGAUUAAAAAUGGAAUGCUUUAAACGGCACCAAGAAAUGACUUACAUGAUGGAAAACAGGAACAAAGUCUCGGAAAACUCUUUGGCCAGGUCCCGGCGUUCCAUCAGAGAGAAUUUCAUAUUGCCCGGGACAAAAUGGUGCGGAGCUGGGCAACUAGCGACGAGGUACAAUGAACUGGGCUCCGACAGUAAGGAAGACAGAUGCUGUAGGGCCCACGACAAUUGCCGGGUUAAUAUUGGAGCGUUUAAGCGAAGAUUUGGGUAUUUCAACUAUAGACCCUUCACAGUCUCGCAUUGCCGGUGCGAUAGGAGAACAAAGCGUGACGCCUCUGAGUUACUGCGAGUGCCGGGAACGAAGUGGUGUGGUAAGGGAUUCUCGGCGACACGGUAUUCCCAACUCGGCGGAUACUCUAGAACGGAUAGAUGCUGUCGCAUCCACGACUUGAGAUGCCCAUUCUGGAUUGGGGCCAUGGAGAAGAAGUACGGACUUUAUAAUUGGCGCGUAAACACACUUAUGCACUGCCGGUGCGAUGAAAGGUUCCGCGCCUGUCUCAAGUUAGCCGACACGUCCGUUUCCAAUAUGGUGGGGAAGUUGUUCUUCAACAUCGUGCAAACCAAGUGCUUCGUGCUCAAACCUGUCAAGAUAUGCGUGAAGAGGUCCUGGUGGGGAAAGUGCACGAGGAAAGGUUACACGAAGCAGGCCUUCCUGAGGGACAAUCUACCUUAUUGAACGGUGAUAGAAUCUCUUCUCUAAUGGCCAUCGACAGGUACUUACGUGGAUAGUAUUUAAAAUGCUUUCGAAUAAUUUUCGACGGCGAUUCGAUGCAAGUGUUCCUAUAAUAAUGAAUUUUAUCGUAUUAAGAAUAAAGAUUAAUAUUGAUUAGCAAUAAUGAUCACUAUAGACCGUUUUGUAAGCAUGCUCUAAAUAUAUAUAUACCUUCACGAAUAUUAUCCCAGAGAGGGUAGACAGAGACGUGUCGACUCUUAACAUUAUAUUAAAAGCAACAGUUGACCCUUUUUUAAAUAUAACGUGACAGUAGAUGGUCUUACCGCCAUGUCACGGAUUAGUUUGGUUUGUUAUAGGUGUUUCCAUCACCGAAAGGUUAGUCUAAAAGUGAUUGAUUUUUUUUUUGUUAUAUUUAAACUUUUAACUUAAA